GGUGUCGACGAGUAGUGCAAAGUGCGCUCCACACCCAGUGUAAGCAGUGCCAGUGCAGUGAGUCACUGUUACAGCCAGAGCUACUGCUGAACCCGUCUUAUGUAACAUACGCAGUACUCCAAGUUAGUGAAACAUCACUGCUACCAAUAUUACAGAAGUCUGACCUUAUCGAGAUGGCAUUAUACCAUCGCCUACAGCAUCUGAAGCUCUCGGAGGAGGAUAUGUGUUUCUUUGGGUUUCCCCUCUCUCACUGGCAGAUAGGAAAAGCGAGACUUCCCAAUCCUGAGAACGAGUAUAGUAUUAUCACAAGGCCUGACAGACGGAUUUGUCGACGCUGUAAAACUGCUUACAGAGUUGACCAUUUUGGACGGUCUGUCUCACCUGAGUUGUGCGGGUACCACUGGGGCAAGUUGUCGACUAAAUCGGUUCCCUUCUACUACUGCUGCCGUGGGCCUGUCUCAUCUGAACCGUGUUGCAUUGCACCACAACAUGUCUCUGAUGAGAUAGAUCCUAAGAAAUUGGAUGGCUUUAUUAAAACAAAUCUUAAUAGCAAUUUCAAUAAGGAAUCUGUCUACGCCUUAGACUGCGAGAUGGUCUUCACAACAGGUGGGAUGGACGUGGCAGCCAUCACCGUCGUGGACUCCAACUGCCAGGUGGUGUACGAGACGCUGGUGCUGCCCGACGCUCCUAUUCUGGACUACACCACACAACACUCAGGUCUCAUUGAACAACAGUUCCUGGGAGUCACGACUCGACUACGAGACGUACACAUGCAGCUGCUCACGCUGGUCGGAAAAAACACCAUCCUAGUAGGCCAUGGAUUGAAUCACGACCUUCUCCGUUUGAAGGUAGUGCAUGAUCACGUUGUAGAUACCAGUGUCCUAUAUCCACAUCCUAGGGGGUUACCUUUCCGAUCUUCAUUGAUCUUCUUAAAGAAUAGGUACUUGGGGCGUGGCCCAAAGAUCGACACGGUCUUAAAAUGUAGAGGCGACGCCCAAGCAACCAUGCAACUCGCUCGUCUGAAGUGUUUCACAUGAAACUUGCAAUCCUCAGGCAUAUUCCUAUAAGCUUGCAAUCUGCUCGGAUGUUCUCUCCCUGUGCUUUGUGUAUCAUGUCUUAUGAUAUUUUAAAGUCAUAAUUCAAAGGAAAUACUGUAUUCAGAAAUCCUGUACAAAUCUGUAAAAUGACUGAUGAAUUCAGCUUGUGCUUGUAAUUAUGUUCUACUGUACUUUAUAUUCGCUUUUGCUCAGCAGGGUUCACAUUCGUUUCAUAUACAAAUCAAUCAAAAUCGCGUUGGAACUUACAGUAAAACGAUAUAAACAUUAAGAAAUCUAGUCAAAAGUCUGAGUUAAUAACAUUUGUAUAUCUUCUUUGAACAAUGUAAUAUUUUGUUGUCAAUCUUACACCCACCAGCUUAUGGUCAACUAUAAAUGCUUGUUAUCCGUUGAGAAAGAUGAUUUCCAACACUAAUCAUUAAGGGUGCUGGUGGUGGAGCCAGUGAGACACUACCAAUCAUCCUGUCUCCUCUACCAACACUGAACAAUAUAAGUUCAUUUAGAAAGUAACAAUGAACAGAUUAACUGGUCAACGGAUAGUAAGCUGAUAAGUGAUGAAAUGAUAAAUUAUAAUUAUUAGUAUCAUUGAUUUCUAUGCGACAAAGAAAUAUUGAGAUUUGUAUACUGUUCUAUAAUUGCAAUAGUCUUUAUAUCAGGGCUAGAUAGUUUAUUCCGAGAUAAAAAUACCAGUCUAGAACUGGUUAUAUGGUAAUGGUCCUGUAAUAUCCAUGUGGUAAUAAUAUCAUACUAUAGUUGGUGCCUUACCCUACAUACAAUGUAUCAAUAACAUGCUAAUAAAGCAAUCUGCCUGC